AUGUCUGAGGAACCAAAGCCGACAAAACAAGGUAACAACAAUGAGUCUAGAGAAAAAUCAACACCUGCUGCUGAUGCUGAAAAAACAGAAGAAAAAGUUCCGGCAAUAGAUCCUUAUGAAAGGCUCAAAAUCGCUCUUAAUCCAGAUGGCUCUAUUACUCGCCUCGCAGAAGUACUUCUCGUACCACCAACAUCCGAAGAAGAAAUGUCCCUUCCUGGUCUAACUGUUGUUACCAAAGACGUUCCUCUGAAUGCCGAAAAGGAAACGUACGUUAGAAUUUACCGUCCUACAAAGAUACCAUCCAAUGAUACCGAUGUUGCUAGACUUCCCAUUAUAGUAUAUUUCCAUUGUGGCGCAUUCAUCAUGUUUAGCGUAGACAAUGUUUUUGACAACGAACCCUGUUCACGUUACUGUAGUGAAUUACUUGCGAUUGUGAUCUCAGUUAAUUUCCGCUUAGCACCGGAACAUAAACUACCAGCUGCUUAUGAAGAUGGUGCAGAUGCUUUUCUCUGGCUAAAGAACCAAGCCUUAGAUCCGAAUGGCGAACAAUGGCUGAGAGAUUAUGCUGAUUUUUCGAGGUGUUACAUUCUGGGUUCGAGCACAGGUGCUACAAUUGCUUAUUACACGGCUUUGCUUGCAGUUGGGAUGGAUACAGAACCUGUCAAGUUAUCCGGGGUUAUCUUGAACCAACCUUUUUUCUCUGGCACCAAAAAAACUAAGUCAGAAAGGAAAUAUAAGAAUGAUAUGAUCAUCCCUGCUCCAGCAAUUGAUUUGAUGGUGGAAUUGGCAUUACCAGAAGGAUCCGAUGCUGACCAUGAAUGUCUUAAUCCAAAGACUAAAUCUGCAUAUUAUGACAAUAUUAAGAAAUUGCCAAGGGUCUUGAUAAGAGGGUUUGAAGGAGACCCGAUUUUGGAUCGUCAGAUGGAACUUGUAAGAUUGUUGAUUAGACACAAUGUUCCAGUAACUGCUCAUUUUAGUGAGUUUGGUUUCCAUUUGGUUGAUUUUAUUGAUCCUAAGAGACAUUUAACUAUGCUCGGAUAUCUCAAAGAAUUCCUCCUAUGA